CCUCGGUGUGGAUCCUUUUGUCCCGCUCGCUACACCAAGGGCACUUUAUCCGUUGACUGCAGUGCAGCCCCUGUCAUCGACCUGUGUGGGGCGCGAAAGGAACCUUAAAAAUUGGGCCCGGCUUCUCGUGAAGACACGUUCGAAGCGACCGAAACCAUGCCCCGUGACGGCACACGCGUUGUCGUGGCACGUGGCCCGACGGAAGAAGUGGCGGCGGCCAUCUUUAAACAUAUCAACAGUUACGGUUGCGUUCAUCUUGCGCUCAUCACAAUCCUACUUACGGUGCCGUUCCAGCCGGUCGAUGGUAUCGAUUGCUUUAAGUGCGUCUCAAUGAACGGUGCCAACAAGGCGUGUGAUGAUCCGUUCCACAACAAUUACUCGGCCGCCAUCCUGGAGUCACCGUGCAUGGGCGGGCGCAAGGGCCGCGAUGGACUGUUUCCGGCCACAUCGUGCAUUAAAAUUGCCGGAUAUUACGAUGACACCGGAGAAACGAUUACCGUGAGGGGUUGCGCCCUCGACAGUGGCACACUGACGACGGAUACCGAAAUCAUUCGCAUGUCGCACUGCGGCCGCUUCUACUACGAUGAUAGAUACGUUCACGGAUGUCUGCAGAGCUGUAACGAUGCCGAUGCCUGCAACAGAGGUUCACGGCUGAUGGUCGGACAAACGGUGGCUUUUUGGUCAUCGCUUACGAUUGGUAUCGUGGCGGUAGGGUUGCUGCUAAGGACGUCCGUGUCAUUGCAGACUCCCAACCAGUGUCUACUCGCGACCGGAAGCUAA